CUCGCUUCUUUCUCAUCCCCCAACCCCAUCCUUUCCUCUACUCAAAGCUCCUCCACGGCCAUGUUAAACCCUCAUCACCAUGUUGGAUGAACCUCCUCCUACUGCUGCUCCUACUGCCUCCUCCAUUUCCAGACAGUCACCCUCGCGCUCAGUGUCGAAAGCCCGCGAUGGCUAUUUUCAAUGCGGUUUCUGCAAGAAACACUACAACCGCGCCGACCACUUGAUCCGCCAUGUUCGAUCGCAUACCCGAGAAAAGCCCUAUGUGUGCCAUGUCUGCAACAAAGGCUUCGCCAGACCAGACCUCAUGAAACGUCACGCCGCAGGCCAUGAUCAUCCUCGGGAUGGCAAGAGGAAGCGGCCGCCGAUCUUCGCCAAGAGUGGCCGUGUCUCCCAAGCCUGCCGGGCAUGUGCCACGUCCAAGCUCAAAUGCGACGAGCAGAAGCCCUGCCGCCGGUGUCGAGACAAGAAGUUGGAUUGCGAUUGGCAAGAGACAAACCCGGGCGAGAUGUCUCCCGAAUCAUCUUCGCAAGCGUACGAUGAGCCCGACGAAACUGAAGCAUACCUCGAAACCCCGCAGACACAAGGCAUCCUCCCCUCUCCAGCCCCCAUGAUGGGCGAAAUACCGCCGCUGCCCAUGGACCCUCCCACGCACUUCGCCACGCCGGACUUCCCAGUGGGCAAUUUCCUGCCUCAGGCACCAGAUCCGGCUCCGCCGCUGGAGGAUCCGCUAUCGGCCGGCUACGAUGCAAUUUCCCCGAGUUUGGAUCACGAAAGUGGUAUCUUUAGCAUUGACGGCACUUUCUUCCCCGAGUUCAUACCGGACUCCCUGAUCACCUCUCUAUCACGCCCGGAUCUGGAGCCGCUACUGAACCACGCUCAAGAAUACGCCUACGGGGUCUUCGACCAAAACAUACCAUCCAACUUCGAUCUCACCGAGAUUGAUUUCGGGCUUAUCGAGUACUUCAACUCUCAAGGCAUCACACAUCAUGCGCCACCCGCGGUAGAGGCACCAAAUGACCGGUCGGACGUGGACAGUGGUAUUGCCUUGGGGGCAGAAGCCUAUAAGCGCUCCUCACUGUCCGCUUGGAAGCCAGCGCAGAGCGAUAAUGCAUUCGCCCAUCAAGGUGAUCUAGCAGUUCCGGGGACCAUCGACAGCCCCGAUGCCGAUAUCCGGUCCGAGCGCAAGAUUCUUUCAGAGCGAUUAUCGGCUGGAAGUCGCGAUUUGAUCUUUGGGAUGGUGUUACAAACCAGUCAGAAAGCCAACCCGCUACGGAUCAUGAAGUCGUUCCCGAGUACCGAGCUUCUAGACGGAUUGAUACAGGACUACUUCGCCUACCAAAGUCGGCAAGUCGAUUCCUUCAUACACGGUCCGACGUUCCGUAUCAAUGAGCAGAGCUCCGAUACGCUUACCGCCAUCGCUGCAGCCGAAGCAACGAGGUCCACCAUUCCAACUAUCCGAAAAUUGGGCUACGCACUGCUUGAGAUUGUACGCCUGCAGAUCUCAGACAAGUAUGAAACUGAUAACCGGACGACGCGUGACCUGCGAGCUUCUCAGACAUUUGCUUUGGUCUUAGAUAUUGGGCUAUGGAGUGGAAAUGGUCGGAGAACAGAGAUCGCAGAGAGUUUUCAGCAGCCCCUACUAACGAUGCUCCGGAGAGCCUUGCGAUUUCGGCGAUCUGUCUACACAACAAUUUUUCCGACUCUUGAUGACGCCCCGGAGGUGCUAGAACAAAAGUGGCGGGAUUGGGCGGAGUUGGAAUCUUUCAAGCGACUUGUACAUCAUCUUUUUCUGCAUGAUGCUCAGGCCGCACUGAUGCUGAAUGUCAAUUCCCUCGUCUCGUACGCGGAGCUGGAACUCCCGUUACCUUCCAUUCGAUCACUGUGGGAGGCGAAGUCGUCAACGGAGUGGAGGGAUGUUUAUCUGGCUACCGGGAUGACUGGUCGAGAGCGACUGCCAUCAUUGAUUGAUGCCAUGCGAGACAUGUCCCGGCUGCAGACACGCGUUGACUCCCAACUGGCGGGGUUCGUUGUUUUGCACGGCCUAGCCGCGAUGGUCAGUGAGUAUCACCGCUUCAGUUUCAUCUCCAAGGGCAGCUCAAAGCACUGGAACGGGCUGGUCAUCAGCUCCCGACAUCAAGAGCUAUCACAGGCCCUGCAACACUUCCGGAUGGUCUGCUACGAAUGGCCCGAGUUCCCCGGGCCCGAAGUGUUCCUAGUCUACGAAAUGAUCUCCAUGUUCCUGUACAUGUCCCUCGAAGAGCUCCAACUCUUCGCAGGCAAGGAAGACAAGCGCGAAGCUCGCCGCGUCUACCACAGCGCCCUCGAAUGGAUCGAGAGCAUCGACUCCCGGCGCGCCGUGUGGCACGCCGGCCAAGUCAUCCGCGCCGCCAAAGCCAUGGCCCCCGGCUCUCUGACCGGCUUCCUGGCCGUGGGCGUAUACUACGCCAGCCUAGCCUUCUGGUCGUACAGCGUCGUCUCCAAAGCCAAGACCGCAAAAUCGGCGACGCAGCCCGGUCGACCGCUCGGGUUCACCCCGCGCAACACGACCCAAUUGCCCACCACGUUUCUCGACGGCGAGGAAACGACGGAUGUGCAGAAGUUUAUCUCUCUGGGAUGCGGAUCCCCCGCCCUGCAGGGGUCGCAGGGCCCCGCCUUUGUGUCGGACCCCCGGCAGACGAUGGAGGUGGCGCAGGGGCUUCUGCGGGCGGACGCCUCGAAUGACUCGCUUCCUCCGCUCGUCCAGGGGCUUUGUCAGUUGAUGGGGGAUUUGGGCAAGGCGGCUAAGUCGACUUGACCGGGUGUAGUUAAUGAUCUGUAUGCACUACUGUAUGAU